AUGGAGGGCAAGAAAAGAUCGCCGAUAUGGAAAUUCUUUUCUGUUGUAGAACAGGGGGGUAAAACAGGCGCUAAGUGUUCGCUGUGUGCAGCGACAGUGUCGUACUCAGGGGGUAGUACGGGAACUAUGGCGAAUCAUUUAAAGUUCAAGCAUAAGUCCCUAAUUAACAUUGACAAUAAUGACAAGAACGGCAACUCCCAUUCUCAAAAGCUAAUAACUGCGUUCAGCCAACGUGCUACCAGCAUGUCAGAAGAACACUGGCAACGAUGCACUGAGGCAUUGGCGUGUAUGUGCGCUCGUGACCUUCGCCCUAUGAGUAUUGUUGAAAGAGUUGGUUUCAAAACCUUUUGCAAUACGUUAAACCCAGCAUUUAAAGUUCCAGGAAAAACCACCAUUGCUAAAUAUAUAUCUAUCAGUUAUGAUGAAAUGAAAGAAGAACUGGUUCGCUUGUUAAACAAACAGAUCGGGGUGGCACUUACGUGUGACCACUGGACAAGCUGUGGUGUCGAGGGAUACCUCACUGUUACUGCUCAUUUUGUUGAUGACGAAUUUUACUAUCACAAUUGCGUACUAGCAACACGUCAAACAACAGAACGACACACAGGGAUGAACAUAGCUCAAGAUCUAAAAGCUGUUAUCAGUGAGUUUGGUAUUGAGAAAGAGGGAGUAACUGCUCUGGUCUCUGACAAUGCAUCUAACAUGGUUGCAUGUAUGGAGCACAUGGAUGGAAUUAUGCACAUAAGGUGUUUUGGAGACACCCUCCAGCUGUCAAUUAGAGGCGCAUUCGAUGACAUACCAUCAAUUUCAGAUACCAUCGUCGCUGGUAGAAAGCUUGUAUCAUACUUUCGCCGAUCAGUUGUCGCUAACAACGAAUUGAAAGUCCGCCAAAAACAAAUGCACUUACCAGAACAUUCACUGAUAUUAGACUGUCCAACGCGUUGGAACUCGACAUUUGACAUGUUUGAACGACUGAUUGAACAACGUCUAUCUGUCUAUGCUGUCGUACACAACAUGAACAGUCCAGGUGAUGCCCGAAUACUCGAUCUGAUCGACAGUCACUGUACCAUCAUAGAGGGGAUGAUACCUGUACUGAAGCCACUCUAUAUGGCCACACGGAUCAUGUGCUCAGAAGAGUAUCCGACCAUUAGUGGACUCUAUCCUAUCCUCUAUAUCUUGAAAAACCACAAUCUUCUGGUAAAAGACACUGACUGUCAGUGUGGCGACUUUCAAAGAAAAGUUACUCGCAAACAUUGA